AUGGCAUGGAUGGAAGAUAAUGAUGGUAAUGGGAGGGAAAAGAAACUGGUUGGGGAAAAUGGGUUUUUGAAAGUGUCUGAGCCUUCUUCUGGAGGUUCUGCUGUGGAUGAUGGGGGUUCGGUGAGUAAGAGAUGUGAAGGGAAGGAUGAUGUUUCUUAUGCCAACAUCCUACGGUCGAGGAACAAAUUUGCCGAUGCUCUUGCUAUCUAUGAGCGUGUGUUGGAGAGUGAUGGUGGGAAUGUGGAGGCUCUUAUUGGGAAAGGGAUAUGUUUGCAGAUGCAGAAUAUGGGUAGGCUUGCUUUCGAGAGUUUUGCCGAGGCGAUCAAGUUGGAUCCUCAGAAUGCUUGCGCCCUCACGCAUUGUGGUAUUCUGUACAAAGACGAAGGUCGCCUCAUGGAGGCUGCUGAGUCAUAUCAAAAGGCUUUACAUGCGGAUCCUUCAUACAAAGCAGCUGCUGAGUGCCUAGCCAUUGUUUUAACGGAUAUUGGCACAAACAUAAAGCUUGCAGGAAACACUCAGGAAGGAAUUCAAAAAUAUUUUGAAGCUCUCAAAAUAGAUCCACACUAUGCUCCAGCAUAUUAUAACCUUGGUGUGGUCUAUUCUGAAAUAAUGCAAUAUGACAUGGCCCUCACUUUCUACGAAAAGGCUGCAUUAGAGAGGCCUAUGUAUGCUGAAGCAUACUGUAACAUGGGUGUAAUAUAUAAAAAUCGUGGUGAUUUGGAAGCAGCUAUUACUUGUUAUGAGAGGUGUUUAGCUGUUUCACCUAACUUUGAGAUUGCAAAGAAUAAUAUGGCUAUAGCCUUGACAGAUUUAGGAACAAAGGUUAAAUUGGAGGGCGAUAUUAACCGUGGUGUGGCUUUCUAUAAGAAAGCCUUAUAUUAUAAUUGGCAUUAUGCUGAUGCUAUGUAUAAUCUUGGGGUUGCUUAUGGUGAGAUGCUCAAGUUUGAUAUGGCUAUUGUGUUCUAUGAACUUGCCUUCCACUUCAAUCCGCAUUGUGCGGAAGCUUGUAACAAUUUAGGUGUUAUAUAUAAAGACCGUGACAACCUUGACAAAGCAGUGGAAUGUUACCAGCUUGCUUUGGCAAUCAAACCUAACUUCUCUCAGUCAUUAAAUAACCUUGGCGUUGUAUACACUGUCCAGGGUAAAAUGGAUGCUGCUGCAAGCAUGAUUGAGAAAGCUAUCAUUGCAAAUCCAACAUAUGCAGAAGCAUACAAUAACCUAGGAGUUCUCUACAGGGAUGCUGGUGAUAUCACUCUUGCAAUUAAUGCUUAUGAGCAAUGUCUUAAGAUUGAUCCUGAUUCUCGAAAUGCUGGCCAGAACCGUUUGCUUGCGAUGAAUUACAUUGAUGAAGGAAAUGAUCAAAAACUUUUCGAGGCUCACAGGGACUGGGGUAGGCGAUUUAUGAGAUUAUAUCCACAGUUCACAUCUUGGGACAACUCAAAAGAUCCUGAACGACCUCUUGUGAUAGGAUAUGUAUCUCCUGAUUAUUUUACACAUUCUGUGUCAUAUUUCAUAGAAGCUCCCCUUGUCUAUCAUGACUAUACCAAUUAUAAAGUGAUUGUUUAUUCAGCAGUUGUCAAGGCAGAUGCAAAAACCAUCCGCUUUAGAGAGAGAGUCUUAAAGAAGGGUGGGAUCUGGAAAGACAUUUAUGGAACUGAUGAAAAGAAGGUUGCGGACAUGGUUAGAGAAGAUCAAGUUGAUAUUUUAAUAGAGCUUACCGGUCAUACUGCAAACAAUAAGCUGGGAAUGAUGGCAUGUCGACCUGCUCCAGUUCAGGUGACUUGGAUUGGUUAUCCCAAUACAACAGGAUUGCCUACAAUUGAUUAUAGAAUAACUGAUUCUCAGGCAGACCCUCCCGAAACAAAGCAGAAGCAUGUUGAAGAGUUGGUUCGAUUACCAGAUUGCUUCCUUUGUUACACUCCUUCCCCUGAGGCUGGUCCUGUUUGUCCAACUCCUGCCCUUUCCAAUGGCUUUGUUACGUUUGGUAGUUUUAACAAUCUUGCCAAGAUUACACCUAAGGUACUGCAGGUCUGGGCAAGGAUACUAUGUGCAAUUCCAAAUUCUCGCCUUGUGGUAAAAUGUAAACCCUUUUGCUGUGAUAGUGUGAGACAGAGGUUUCUUUCAAUGCUAGAGAAGUUAGGUCUGGAACCACUACGAGUUGAUCUUCUGCCCCUUAUUCUUCUUAACCAUGAUCAUAUGCAAGCAUAUUCUCUAAUGGACAUCAGUUUGGACACAUUUCCAUAUGCUGGAACAACCACAACUUGCGAAUCUUUGUAUAUGGGAGUUCCAUGUGUUACAAUGGCUGGCUCAGUGCAUGCACACAAUGUUGGUGUUAGUCUUCUUAGCAAAGUUGGUUUGGGCCAUUUGAUUGCGAAAAAUGAAGAUGAAUAUGUAAAAUUGGCUCUGAAGUUGGCCUCUGAUGUUUCGGAACUACAAAAUUUGAGAAUGAGUCUGCGAGAGCUCAUGUCUAAGUCCCCUCUUUGUGAUGGAGCAAAUUUUACCCUUGGUCUAGAAUCAACAUAUAGACAAAUGUGGCGUAGAUAUUGUAAAGGAGAUGUUCCAUCUUUGAAACGCUUAGAACUGUUGCAACAGCCUGUCUCUACUAGUGACCCAUCUGAUAAGAACUCUGAGCAAACAAGGGCCAUAAACUCGAGUGAGGGAAGCCCCGAAUCUUUUAAGGCCAAUGGAUUCAGUUCAACGCAACCACCGAAGCCUAAUGUUCACAGUUGUGAAGAAAAUGGUGGGUCAUUGAAUCACAGUAGUAAGCAAGGGAUGAUGGGUUCAAGUUGAAAUUCAUGGGAGUGUCCUUUGUUGUGACUACAGUUGCUCAGCUUACAAUAGGUGCAGUAUUAGGUUGGCAUGAUGUCUAUUGUGGUUGCUACUGGAAGAGGCUUUCGGCUACCACAGCAUCACAAAAGGUUAAUUUUUCAUAGAAUGAUAAUUUUUUUUCUGGGAAAGAAGUGUAAGCAACAGUUACCAAAUCGAUUUGUGUCCUCAACUGUUGUGGAUACUCCCCAGAGGUGAUGCUGCUUUAAAAUGGCAUCCUUCAAUAUCUGUAACACAUUUUUCCCCCUUAAUUAUAAUAGUCAGUUGAGAGUGUAAAUUGUGUAAUAUUUAUUUAAUUUUUUUUGGAUCUGGACUUCUUUUCUAGCAUGGUAUUGUUGAUCAGAUCAUGGACAAAUUAAGAUUUUUGUAGUAGCAUUCAGUAACAAAUGUGUGUUGAUUAAGAUAGGAAUUUGGAAGUUUAAUUCUGAACUCUGAAGUACUGAUAUGUGAUACAAAUUCAUUAGCUCUUA